AUGCUCCGAAGGCGUUUCGAGAAUCUUAUUCAAGAUGGCAUUGUUGAAGGACAGAGGUUCGCUUUGAGCAGUGAUCUGUGGAGAUAUGCUACGGCUACGGCUCACUGUGAUUUACUUAUUACUAUGAAAGCUAAUCCAAAUGAUCCGGAAGAGUCAAAGGAAGCAACAAUUCAGCUAAUUAAUAUAAUUAAGAAAUAUGAGCCGAAUAUCAAGAUUCAAGUAAGACAUCAUUUGCUCAAAGAUUGCUAUGCUCUCUAUAUCACUGCGGAUUAUAAGAGUUUACUGAAAGGGGCUGAGUUAUGUCACAUCAAGAAGCCAAUAAAAAAUAAGUUUGGUGGUGGACUGAGAGAGUUUUGUUUUGAGGACGCUCAGUUUUUCACGGGGGUAGAAGGAAGGAAUACAUUCUUAACUGGCAUGGAAAGAGCUUUGAUAGUGAAACAAAUGAUCGAUAUGAUCCGAGCUCCUGCAGGCGGGCUUAAAAUAGAACUACCUGAUAAACGGAUAAUCAUAGGUGAAGGAAUGGGCGUAGUGUCAAGAUUGAUAUCGAAUGACAUCGUGGAGAAUGUGUUGCCACUACACAACUCAGAUUUCCUUAAACAUCUCCAACAGCGUUGGGUACUCUCUUUCGGAGAACAACCAAUUGAUAUGAUCAAAGAUUACUUUGGUACGGAAAUCGGGAUGUAUUUUGCUUGGCUAGGACAUAUGACAACAGCGCUUUGGUUUCCUGCCAUAUUAGGAGUGCUGAUGUUUUUCUUCGGCGGUUUCAAGUAUCAUAAACAUGAGAGCGAGCACACUGAGAAAAUGUCAGAUUCUGAACAAUUAUGGUCGGAUAUUUCAUUUGUGGCUUUCGCAUUCUUCAAUUGUGUUUGGUCAACAGCAUAUCUGGAAUCGUGGAAGCGAAAACAAGCUGAAUAUUCAUUCAAAUGGGGGACUUUCGAUUCAAAUUCUGAUUUAUUUCUACAGGAUCCUCGACCAGCUUUCCAAGGAGAUUACCUUGCUCCGAACCCUGUAUCAGGCCGUAUGGAGCCAUUUUAUCCAGCUUGGAAGCAUGCCAUCAUUAGAUACGGGGUAACAUAUCCCCUCACCGUGUUUUGUGUAUUAUUCAUGUUCAUGGCUAUGUUAGUCAUUUUCAUGAUACAGGAUGCUUUUGAUUAUUAUUUCGGAUCCUCAUUCUUUUUAAAAAUAUUUUGUUAUCUGCCAAUGAUUGUGUACGCGUUGAUGAUUGUAAUCAGUGACAAACUGUACAGAUUACUAGCGCUUUAUCUGAAUGAUCUUGAAAAUUAUCGAACUGAUGACGAGUACGAGAACUUCUUGAUUACCAAAAUAGUAGUUUUCCAAUUUGUGACGGCAUUUGGAUCUUUGUUCUACAUUGCCUUUUUUCUCAAGGAUAUGAAAAGACUUCAGGAGACGUUGGCCACUUUACUUAUCACUCGUCAAGUUACUCAAAAUAUUAUGGAAACUGCUGUUCCAUUUAUUAUCGAAAAACUGAAACUGAGUCGUUUAACAUACAAAAUGACUAGGAGUAUGAGUGAUGAGACUUUGCGACGACACGUAGAGGAAGUUCGGAAGAAACGAGAGAGUUUCAGUAGCAGUACAGAAGAAUUUUCUCCUCCCCGGUCACCUACCUUUAGUCUUGGAUCCCCAACUACAGAGAUAAGAAGGCGGUUUUCUCAAAGACGCAUGGUUGGAACGGAUAAUCAACUGCAUUUGCUAAAUAAUUAUCCCUCCCGGUCUGCUGACAGUUUCCAUUUUCGUUCACCUCGUCUUCCUAUCCCUGAGUUUUGUCCGGACUCCACAAAUGGUUUGGAACUGGGUCAAGCUGAAUUAGAGAGUUUGAUGUCUGUUUAUGCAAGGCCUUUAGAUGAUUUUUUGGAAAUGUUUAUACAAUUUGGCUAUGUUCUACUAUUCUCUCCUGCUUUUCCAUUAGCUGCUUUUUGUGCCUUGAUCAACAAUCUCAUUGAAAUAAGAGUAGAUGCCUUCAAGCUUUGUAAUACAGUUCAACGUCCAUUCGGCCGACAAGUUCGAGAUAUUGGCGCCUGGCAGAAAGCUAUGGAGAUUCUCGGAAUUGUUGGCGUUAUUGUGAAUUGUGCCCUGAUUGGUCAAUCAGGAUUAGUUCAACGCAUCUGGCCGGAUUUGAGCUGGGGAGGACAGGUUCUUAUCAUAGUAAUAUUGGAGCAUAUCAUCUUAACAUCCAAACUGAUUAUCGACGUAGCUGUACCGGAUGUUCCUCACUGGAUACGCAUAGAGACUGCGAAGCAAGAACAUUAUAGACGAGAGGCGUUUAAGAGAGAGUCACGAAUGAAUAUGGGAGAUCGGUCACGAGAAGCAUCACCUUCAACUACACCAUUAUCAGAAGAAAAACGUCUCAUGCUGGAUCGAAAGAGUUCAUUUAGACAAAGGCGCUCGAUGACACCAAUGAGGCCAAGCUCGCUUCGUAGACGUGAUAAUAGUAAUUGCAUCGAUUCUUAA